AUGUAUAGAUUGAAAUCGAGGACUAUUAAAAGUCAGAGGUAUGGAAGGAAGCUAAAGGGGGGGAAAGUCAAGAGCAAGUUCGCUCUUGAGGUGGUCGAGAAGAGAGGAAGCAGUGGAAAAGGCAGCAGAGGAGACAAAAGGAACGUGAUCAAAUAUGAACAACCAAUGAUGGCGCCAUAUAGCCAGCAGCGUGCAGCCAAAAUUGAGGCAGCAGAAAGAGAAGAGUUGGUGCACGGAGAGAAUGUGAAGGAUUGCAAACCAGAAAGGCACGAAACCAAACAUUGUGGGCCCCAUGAGGCAGGGGGAAGGACCAAAACUGACAAAGCUGGCGAGGGACAAGUGUGGGGCUUAUGGGGCGUGCAGAAUUGGAGUGGAAAUUGCAGAGUAGGCGGAAAGACUGGGUGGACAAACAAUGUCAAGGGAUGCCGGGGACAAGAGCCGUCAAGAAAGGACACACAUCAACAGCUGUACUGGAAGGCAUAUCUAGCAAAGGAAACUGACAGGGUGCAAGACAAGAGAGCAAGUGUAGAGACGUUCGAAGAACCGGUGAAGGACAAUAGAACGACAGAGUAUGCGGUGGAGGGGGCGUUGGGCAAGCAUGCCAAAACUAGGAUCUACUUCAUAGGCGUCGGAAACCUGGAGAUCGCGCCAUGCAGAUGGAAAGGGAGGGUGGUCUGGUUGUGCAGUAGUGAGAUAGGAGAGAGGCAGAGAGAGACAGGUGGGGAGGUUGACUACCACGUCAGAGAAGUUGUGAGGGAGAAGGUUAAUGGCAGCAAGACCCCUAAACCGCCGAGCCAAAUAGGCUGGCAGAAAGUGCCAAGAGAAAUGGGAGGAAAGGAGCAGUAUUGUAUAAACUUACUCAUGAUUGAGCGAAGUCGAUGGAAAAAGGAUAGAGGUACAGUGACAACUCUGAGGACAUGCCAGAGCUUAGAGAGGAUGAGAGAGUUGAGCACUGUGGCACGGCCACAAAUAGAGAGAGAGCAAGAGUAG